AAACUAUCUUAAAUUAUUGGGGGAAGACAAAGCUAGUAUGGGAAAGCAACUCUUUCUCUCUCUAUUGUGUACAACUCCCCAGCAAAAAAAUCCCCAUUGCAAAACUGGGGAUUGAAGUUACUCACACCAAAACACAGCACCAACUGACUUGUCAAUCUUUGUAUCUAUUCUCUCAUGUAGACUCUCUCACUCUCUUCUUCUUCUCUUUGAAAAAAAGAAAAAAAGAAAAAAACACAAAUUAUAUACAUCUUUUCUCUUGUAGGCUAAAGAUUUAGGUGGUGAGUUUCUGAUUGAAGAUGCCAAGGCCAGGGCCAAGACCAUAUGAGUGUGUGAGAAGAGCAUGGCACAGCGAAAGACAUCAACCCAUGAGAGGUUCUAUCAUUCAACAGAUUUUCAGGGUCGUCCAUGAGAGUCAUAGCCCUCGAACUAAAAAAAACAGGGAGUGGCAAGAAAAACUACCUGUUGUAGUUUUAAAAGCCGAAGAAAUCAUGUACUCCAAAGCUAAUUCUGAGGGUGAGUACACUAAUCUUGAUACAUUAUGGGACCGUGUAAAUGAUGCCAUUAACACGAUUAUUAGAAGAGACGAAAGCACUGAAACUGGAGAGCUUUUACCGCCUUGUGUUGAAGCUGCCCUUAAUUUGGGCUGCAUUCCGGUGAGAGCUUCAAGAAGCCAACGGCACAGUAACCCUAGGACUUAUCUCAACUUGAGACCACAAGAUUCUCCAUCCAUGCCUCAUAGAAUUGUGGAUAAAUCUGUUGAUGAACAAUGCCCUAAGUUAUCAGCACUUCAUUCUGGAAGUUCAUUAAACUUUGCAAGAUCUUCUGUGAACGUGAAUUCAACUUUUCCAGUUUCACAAUCAAACUGCCAUGUUAUUGGAAAUGAUAACCUAGCGGCUUCUCAUAGUAACCCUUCUUUUACUAUCCCUUCUGGCCAUAACAAGGCGAUGACAGUGGAGACUAACAUCCCAGUGAAGUUGGGUUCGGUUUAUCCAUUGUACUAUGGAACUCACUUUGGAACUGAAGAUCCCCAGUUAGGAUUCCAGGUUCCAGAAAAUAUUAACGCUGCCCCAAUUUUUGUUGGCAAACCUGUUGGUAUGUCAAUUCCAGAGCCUUCAGAAAUGGGUGUCUUGCAGAAUCUUUUCUCCUGUCCAGGCUCUGAUGUUGCUUCUAAGAGAAUCACACAACCAGAUUUUAGGGACACCCACAAGAGGCCACUUGCUACAGAAUGUGAUUUAUCCUUGCGAUUGGGCCUUGUUGCAGACCCCUGUAUGAGCAUGGAUAGAAGUUCUGCUCGUGAAAUGGAAGAUGCUGGUUCAAGUAGUUCUCAGGAAGAGAAUAGGUUCAGCAAUCUUUCUUCACAAAGAAAUAAGGAGUUCAGUUUCUUUCCUGGGAAGACUGCUAAUGAUCCCUUCGAGUCCUGUUCAACUAAGUGGUUUCCUGAGGGUGAAUUUCACAAUUUAGAGGCAACUAUUGGAAAGUCUAAGGCACCAUUCAAUGACACUUUGGACAAUGUACAAUUUUGCUUGCAGCCAGGGCUUCCGUCCAACCAAGUCAUUGGUCGAAUAAGAGGACCAGGUUUGUAGACACUUUUUUCAAGUUGUAGCUUAUAUACUUAAAAUGUGAGAUGCCUCAAAUCUAGCGGAGAAUCAUUUUGCAACUUCUAUUUUCUAUUUAUUUCUAAACAUAAAAAUCUUUCAUGUGGAUUAUAAAUAGCAAUAUGGGAUGCACAGUAAAGUGAAUUGUAAAUAAAAUCUGAAAAUCAUAUGAACUUUCGGCUGUGAUCACAGAGUACAGCACGUAGACAACAAGCCACAAACGAUCUCUGAACUUAAAUUUUUUUGGUGUCACUUUAACACCACAGACAUUUAAUUGAAUGAUCUCUAGCUUUCUGGUUAAAUAAAGACUCAGCUUGGUAAAGGAGAAAAAUUAUGUCCUGCACAGGUGAUCUAAGAAAUUUGAACCACAAAUUCAUUGAUUGGAAUAGAAAUCUGAACUUACAAGCAUGGUACUGAACUGCACUGAAAGUAGUCUACACUAGAUGUCACACCAGGCUCUA